AUGGCUGCGCCCCCUGGCCACCUCGCGUUGGUGGCCGUGGGGCUGGCCAACCUGAUCGCUCUGCUCUCAGGAGGCCUGCAUCCGCCAUUCGAGCCGGGGCUUCCUCCCUGCGCUCUGCAUGCCGUGUGCCCGCCAGCGUGGCUGCCGCCCGACCCUGAGAGCUGCCCACCGUGCCCUGAGCUGGAGGCGGCGCCGUGUCCUGUGGUGCAGCCAGUGUGUCCUGUGGUGGAGAGCUCGAAGCCUGAGCCCGAGGUGGACCCCUGGGGCUGGGUGGCAGCGGCUGCUCCUGGUAACUACGCCGGCUGGUGCAUCACUGCCAGCGCCGCAGCCGUACGGAAGAAGAUGAUCGCUCGACGUCACCUGCCCCCGCUCGCCGUGGCGGAGGAGUGGUGCGCUGAGCUGCCCGUCGGAUCGCUGAUCCGCGUCUCGUACGAUGGGGAGGCCACGGACCACACCAGGAUCGUGCUCUGGCCAUGCCGUCGCCGAGACGCACGGGGGCGGCUGCGUGGGAAGACGACGUACUGGGUGCUGUCCGCCGACGGCGAUGUGUGGGAGGAGGACCUCAGCGGGAAGAAUCCCGCGACGGGGCCUUCGGGAGGAUCCGUCUUGGACCAGACGACGGGGGACCCUCCAGACGGUCGCCGCUUGUACAGGUUCCGCCUGCUCCCAAGCCUGGACGAGAUCCUGGAGCGCGCGGCGGAGUGCCGCGAGACUAUGCUUGGCCGUGGCCAGCGUGAGUUCGAGGGCGCGGAACGUGUGAUGCUUCCCGACGGUGUUGAGCGAGCUGGCCGAGAGUAUUUCCCAUGGUUGAUAGGAGAGCGGCCAUGGGUGCUGGCUGAGCCGCUGACGGGGAUGCCCGUCGGCACGGUGGUGGACCCCUUGCCCGAGGGCGUUGUGCGUGCUGGCAGCCAGGCGUUGGCCCACCUCUCAGGAGGCGGCCGCUGGGCUCGGCUGGAGCAGGUGGACGCGAACGGCAUCGUUGAGUGGGCUGCUGGUCGUCUGGAGGAGCUGCGAGGGCUGCUGGGUGCCGCCCCCUUGCCGGCGCCCGCAGUGUCCGUGGUGGGCGGCGCCGAGACCCCUCCGCCCUGGGGACCAACGGACCGCCCUGGCCCCGACCCCCUAGCUGCCAAGCUGGGUCUCGCUGAUGAGUCUGACGCUCGGCAGGAGGUCGCGCCCGAGGAGCCCAACAACGACGUGAGAACGCUCUGGGUCGACUGGGACGAGCAGGGCGAGCGCCGGAAGGACUUCCGCCGCGCGGUGGCCGAGAGCUCGGAAGUUGAGUGGGAUCACCAUCGCCUGCCUUCGGAUCGGACGUGCCUCCACGCGUGCAAGACCAUGAUGAACUUGAACGGGUCGCCCCGAGCCUUGCUGGAACGUUUCCUGAGGGAGAAGGGGAUAUCGCCCACGGACAGGGUGCCCCACGAGCUCAGGGUGCUCUGUGACAUCCUGGAGGAGGCGGGAGAGUUCGACCAGCUCAACCUAGGUGGAUUGGCGUGCUUGGAGGUCGCGGCCCUUCGACUGAAUCUAUUGGUCGAUGCCCGCAAGACCAGCGGCACGGCGUCCUACUCGAAUGCGAAGUACCUCUCGCCUCUGACGGAGGUGGAUCAGCUCGCGGCUCCAGGUUUGCGCUCGCACGUGCCGAGGCGCGCCAAGGAGGAGUGCGAGCAAUUGCAGGGUGACGAGAAGGCCGAGGCGGUCGCUGCGAGCGCCUCAUCGUCUCGAGCUCCACCGCGCGAGACGCGUGGGCGGCAGCCGCGCCCGGAUUGCUGGUGCCGGGCGGAGGUGCAUGAAUUGGCGAGUGGCGCGAUCGACUCUCUCAAUUGGCUUGCUGGCUGGGGGCCCUCCGACGCUGGUCCGCCGCGCCCCUUGGACUCCAUCUGGGGCAAGCGUGCUGGGAUCGUGCAGUGGGUGGCAAGCGAAGCUCUUCGGCGUCGGGCCGCAGCUCCCAGCCCCUGUCCGUCCCGCGAGGCGGCGCUCAGUGCGCUGCUCAAGGGGUGCUCGAUCUACGACGCAUCGGGCUCCCCGAGGAACCUGGCCUCCUUCGUCCGCGACCGCGUGUCUUUGCCCCCGUCGAUUGUCGGCUGCCGCCAGGUGGAAGACAGCGUGGGCGAGGCUGGUCGCACUUAUCUGGAGGAGAAUCACAAGCGAAUGAGGCGGCCGAUCCACGAGAUCGAUUUUGACAGCUUGCCGACUCCGUAUUUCGACCCGCUGCUGAAGCGGAACAAGAAGAAGUACCGCAGUUUUUUGAAGGAUCUCACGUCGCGAGGUCUGUUCCUGGCAACUUUGAAGCCGUCUGAGCAGGCCGGCUUCUUUUUCGUGAAAAAGUCUGACGGGCACAAGAUGCGGAUGAUAGUGGGCGCCCGACGUGCCAGCGCCUGGUUCAACGUGCCGCCCAGCGUGCAGCUCCUCUCCUGCGAGGGCUUCGGGCGCGUGGAGGUGAGGCUCCCCGAGGGCGUGACCAUCGGCUCCGCCCGCGCGGAGGAGCUGCUGGGCAAGUUCAGGCUCUUUCUGGGGAUGACGGACGUUAAGGGCUGCUUCUACCGCAUGCGGAUCCCCCUGAGCUUAGCAAAGUUCUUUUCGCUGCCGGCCGCACCCGCCCACGUCCUGGGGCUCGCGGGAGGGGCUUACGUGUAUGUCGACAACCUAGGCGUCAUCACCCUGUCAGAGACCAUCGCGCAGGAGGCCCGUGCGAGGCUCUGGGGACCAAGCACCAAGCUGGACCUCGAGCUGAUGAGAUCGUGCGUGGGCGACGGCCGCUUCUGGAAGGUGUACGUGGGGCUGGGGGUCCUGCUGGCGCGCGGCUGCGCGACGGGGCGGGCCCUGGAGAUGUUGCUCGGCCGCUGCGCCUUCUGUGGGCUAGCUUUGCGGGGCUCGUUGAGUUGCUGGCGCGCCUCCUACCGCUUCAUCCAGCGGCGCUACCUCGAGCCCGCUCGCCUGUGGCCCGAGGUCGUGAAGGAGGUGAAGAUGUUCCGCGGCCUGCUCGUGCUGAUGGUGCAGGACUGGUGGCGCCCUUGGAACCACUGCGUGCUCCAGACCGACGCCAGCGAGAUCGGCUGGGGCAUGGCGCAGUCCUUCUGGCCGCUCCGCGUGGUGGAGGAGGUCGGGGGGCUGCCCGAGCGGGCCCGUUCUCGCUCAGAGCAGGCAAGAGCUCUGAGCAUGGGUCCGAAGCGGCUGCGAGGGCUCAGCGCGCUUGUCGCCCGGGAGCCGGCGCUGCCCACAGGGGCGCCAACGGUCAGGACCUCGCUGGAGACGGAUGGGGGGGCCGCCGAGGGCGACGGCAGCUCCAGCGGCUCGGACUCGGUAAUCGAGCACCUGGGGCGCGGCCGCGUACGGGUGCGGCAGCUGCGCGCUCGGAGGGCGCAGAUGCGAGCGAAGCUGUGCGCCGAUGCGAUCCUUGCUGCUCAGGAAGCCGGGGUGGGCCUCCUGGAGACCGUGGUCGUGACGCAGCCGACGCAAGCCGACGCGGAGAUCGACGAGCUGUUCUGCAACUACUUGACCGAGAAUUACUUGCAGGGCGAGCAGAGCAGCGAUGGGGAUCAGACCAUGGCGGCCCUGGUCAGCGCGAACCCCGACUUCGGUGUUCAAACGGCGGAGCUCAGCAGCUUCGAAGGAGCCGCCGUGGAUCUCGACUGCUCCGAGGCUUUGGCCUUGCUGAGAGAAGCGGCGGGGGAUCUCGGAGUCGCUCCCGUCACCCUGUAUCAGAUGAGGCACUCGGGGGCCAGCAUCGACCUGGCCAAGGGAUGGCGCAAUCUCACUUCGGCUCAGAGGCGAGGCGAGUGGACCCAGGCCAAGUCCAUGCACCGCUACGAGCGCAGCAGCAGGCUGGGGAGCAGCAACUCGAAGUUGGCCCCAUCCCUGCGUGCAGUGUGCGAGCAGGCAGAGAGGCAGUUUACCCAGAUCCUGACGGGGCAGCCCUUCAGCAUUCCUGUCAUGCUCGAGCGUCCGCUGGCCAGCCGACUCUGGCAUGCUGCAGAAAUGUGCGAGCUCUCCCAUUGUAAGCAUGUCUUUUUAGUCGAGCUCGACCAGUGCCAGUACGGCGUGGGUCGCGAGGCCCUGCGACAGAUGGUGCUGGAGGGCCGCGACUUGGCGCGCGAGGAGUGCCGUCGCCGCCGCCUCCCCCCUGAGCUGGGCGCGCACCUCGGCGAGGAUCCGACGACGAUGGUGGACUGGCACGGUGACGAGUGCGGGCUGGGCGCAGACGUGCUGGAGGCGGCCCGCCGACGGCUGCGAGGGAAGCGCCCGCAGAGGAACGGCGCCCGCGUGCUGGAGGUGGCAGGCGACGAGGAGUCGACUCGCCCCGUCCUGGUCGACGGCCCGCUCGAGGACGCCGGGAGCGUGCUGCUGGUGGCGGAGCUCCACGCUGGUGGAGGUCUGGGCCUGGGCGACGAGCUGUCCCCGAGCGAGGCCGACGUCGCGGUGGGCCCGGCGGUGAUCGGCCGCCGUGCCGAUGGUCGCCCAGUGCUGUGCGAGCGGGUGGCGAUCUCGGGCAGCGGGUCGUGGCGGGCCCAGGCGUUCGAGAACGCUCGGCGCGUCGCCGCGUCUGCGCUGGGGCCAGCCGAGCCUCCGUCCGCGGCCGACGGCCGUCCUAUCGACCUCCGCGGCUCCCUGCGGGCCCCCUCUGGCGAGGCUGGGGGCGCCAGCACGCCGCGCGAGGGGAGGCAGGUCGAGCAGCAGGCGGAGGACGUGAGGACCCUGGCCGUGGAGCGGAACGAGCAAGGCGUCCGCCUCAAGGAGUGGCGUCGAGCCGUUGGCGAGAGCAGUGAGGAAACGCUGGACAGUUGCGAGCUGCGCGGGGGGCCCGCGGGGCUCGAGGUGCCCCGCGUCCUGGUGCUGUCGGCCAAGCCCUCUGCGGGGCUGGCUGCCCACUCUGGGCCCCUCCAGCUGGCCUCCCGCGGGAGCUCGAGGUACUCUGGCAUCCCGGCGGUCGAACAGGCGGCCGAGACGCGGGGCCGCGGCGAGGUGCCCUCCCCGCCGCUGAGCCUGUACCCUGGCGACCCCGGGUGCCCGCCGCAGGGCUUCGAGCUGCUGCAGCUGCGCCGGUGCGCCGGGAGCGAGCCGGGGCCUGGCUGGCGCCUCGAGGUGGACCGGCCCCAGCUGAGGCUGCACCACCGCGCGGAGGAGCUCGGCGACGGCCGCCGCGUCCACCACUUGCGCGCUUCCGUGGAGCUCUCGGCUGGCUUCAGCGCCGCGUGCGCGUUGGUGGCCGAUUUGGACGAACGGCGGCGCUGGGACCGGUCGAUAGGACGCAAGCCGAGCUUCGUGCAGUCCAAGCAGGGCCCCUGGCUGGUGCGCCGCUCCGGGGGCCCGCUCGGCAUCGGCUGCCGCGACCACUGGUUCGGGGUGCAGCUGUACGACUUCGACGGCCACGAGGUGAGCACGCGCGAGGAGGCCUUCGGCCAGGCGGUUCUGCUGCGCGCCGCGAGCCCCGGCGGGUGUGCGGGAGCGGAGGGCGCGGUGCUGUCCGCCGCCGAG